UCCGAGAUCGUGUCGUUCUCUACACUUCUCCAGUGGUGACAUCUGUCUUAUUGGCAAUUGUCUUCUACCAGCUGACGCUCCACCAGGCACAUCUACGCGAAAUGCAACUUCACAUCAAUUCACUCGCGACCACCGUUCUCCAGCAUUCGAAAUACAUUGAUUCGCCUGCUAAAGAGUCGCUCUUACGGUACGCAAGGGAAACUGGGAAUGACAAAGGCAAGAAUAGUGUGCAAGUGCUAGACGAGUACUUUGGUAGAGUUGCGGAGCAGCAGUUGAGAGAAUUUUUGAAAGCACGUUGUGUGAACAACGAACGUCUGUGUUUGCAAGGACCUAAAGGAGGCUUAGGGCCAAGGGGACUUGCUGGAUUACCAGGCUCUUCUGGUAGCAAAGGCGACAAGGGAGACCGGGGAGUCGUUGGCGCUCAAGGCUUAAAAGGAACAAAAGGUUCUAAAGGAGUACCUGGCGCAAGGGGAGCGAGUAUUGACCCUCCCGUUAUCACCAAACAACCAAGCGCCGUUGUAUCGCUGGAGUCUGAAGAAGCCAAGUUUCACUGCAAAGCUGAAGGCUUUCCGACGCCUAAAAUACGAUGGCUAAAGCUUGACUCUACUCUGCCGCGAUCUCGAGCGACUAUGUCUCUAAAUGACACACUAACGAUCAGAAAUGUUCACAGACAUGAUGCAGGAACAUACGUCUGUUUGGCUGAGAAUAUAUUUGGUGUUGUGAGAAGCUAUGCAAGUCUCAUUGUUCAAGUUCCUGUCAAGUUUGUCGUUGUCCCGCCGUCUGUAGUGACUGUAGAGCAAGGAAAACGUGUCAAACUAGAGUGUGCAGCUACAGGCUAUCCUUCUCCAACUAUCACGUGGUCACGAGUUGACGAAGUACUGGAGUCUAGCAAAGUGAGCGCCAACGGCAGUCUGAUUAUAGAGAGUGCGAAGAAAGGCGACAACGGCCAAUACAUGUGUACUGCAAAAAAUGCAGUAGGAAAGAAAACGUAUUCGUUUUCAUUGGACUUGCAAUUGCCAGUAGAAGAGCCAUCCGGGCAGCCGUAUUUUGGAGUUCGAGCAGUCAAUGGAUCUGAUGCUACCCUCAAGUGCGGAUUGUGCAGCUUUCCGGGUUUCUCAUUUACGUGGGAGAAAGUGGUAGGUGAGAUAACAUCAGAAAGAGCAAAACAGAGUGAUUGUGCACUGGUCAUCAAACAAGUCGCUCUCACUGACACCGGCAAUUACACGUGUGUUGGACGGUCAAAAUCCAGGUUCUCGUCUGCUGUGUUGAGAGAAAACGUGCAACUAGUUGUAUUAGCUGCAGCACGUAUAACAAGUCGUAUUCCGGUCUUAAUGCCUUUGGGACGAGGAGGAAAUCUAAACCUGAAGUGUGUUGGUGUUGGUCCUCCUGUUCCUGAUGUCUAUUGGACGAAAGGAUCUGUUCGAAUAAAAAGUGAACAAAAAGGGCAGUUACGUCUAACAAACGUGUCUCAGCGUGACACUGGAACGUACCGUUGCCACGCAGUCAACUACUUAGGACGAGAUGUGAGAGAGACAAAACUAAUUUUUACAGAAAUAAAAUUUGUUUAUCGUCCUCCUGCUACUGUUGUCGCGUCUGCUUCUUCCACUAUAGUAAUCAACUGCACUGCUGAGAUAGCCCCUGGAAUACCAACCUCAACACGAUGGGAAAUUCCACGACAACAGUGUAGAUCGGGUUCGGCCAAGAGAACCGUUUUAACCAAUGGAACGCUAGUUAUACGAGAUGUGACCGAAUGGGAUAGUGAUACUUAUGUAUGUUACGCCGGUAACAAUUGGAUUUCAGCGAAAGUACAAGUGAGGGUGGCAGCGGAUAUGAGUUGGAUGCUGACAAGUGACUCCUGUAAAGGAUUUCGUCAGUCUACCUACAACAGAUCUGUUUAUUAUGCGGUGUCUUCGUCUACAACGUGGAACAAGUCUAACUACUAUCAUUGUCCUGCAGGAUAUUAUUGGCCAUGCACUGAAGAGGGACGAAAGAUAUUCAAUGAUAACAGCUGGUCAGGGCCAUAUUCGUACUACAGUCAAUGUGGAUGGAGUAGUUAUAACUACGGUGGAGGAACUAGAUAUAACUUCAGGUUUCGUGAUUCGUCAUCAACGAAUGCACACAAGUUUACUGGAAAUUCUGAUGCAUACCAAGUCCAGACCACCAGCUCUACCUCCUACUUUGCCGGCAUCAUUUGCGUAAAAGAAUAAAGAAUAAUGUUUCCUGCAAGUUGCCACAACACUGACGCAUAAGCAAGCUAAAUUGUACGUCUUUCUACGCUUGUAAACUUAAAUGAAACGAUUAUUUCACAUACUCUAGACUUGCAGCUAAUGUGCAUGAAUGUGUAUUGAUUUCAUGUGGAGUCAAACUUGUGAACCACACCAAAAGACGGAAAGAAUAAUUCUUUCCGUCUUUUGGUAUGGUUCAAUUGCACUUUUACAUACACGUACAACAUACACGUCAACGUGAUAACAUUUAAACAAGUCUAAGGGUCGUAUUUGUUAUGCGGCAAAACAUUUUACUUCGAAUUCGGCGAGUCAUUUAUAGUCCUCUAUAACCGGCAUGCAUGGGUACCGUGCACGUGGCAUCAACUGGGACGUUGAAUAAUGUGUAGAGAAGUUAUAUGUCUGUACAUACGAAACAGCAAAAUAUGAUCAGGCGAAAUCAAACAAACAACAAACCGGUGACAUUUGUUUAGCUAU